AGGGAAUACUGUAACACCUUCAGCAUUAUCAUAGACAUGGUAAAACCUAUUAGUGUUACCUUAUAGUUGUAUACAGCCCACUCCCAGUGGUAAGGUCGUUAUGAGUGGUGGGUUGGUCGGGGAGUGACCACUCUGAUGUUUAAAGUAUAAAGGUGUUUCUGUAUGUUUGCCCAUCCCAGAAGUUAGACUGUACAUAUACGUGACUGUGACAGGUACUUAGUCGACAGUUAAGAUGUUAAUCAGCAGCAGUAGCUGGAUACAUUGAUGUCUCCCAACCCAGCAGAGUUAUGACAGCAACAGUAACUAGUCGUGUCACACUUCCACCUGCGAUGUUACCUGUGAUGCUACCCCACAGUCUGUUACCUACAUACCUGUCGUAGCAUCAUUGUUGUAUCUCACCUGUGGAUGGAACAUAUUCCAUUGAUAGCUGGUCAAUCAGUGGAUACCUGUAAACCCUUAAAAUCACAUAAAGGAAGAACUUACCUGGUCUUAACGAAGAUAGAUACCUGUGUUGAACUUCCUUGGUAUUAACAAAGAUAACAACUACAGAUACCUGGCUACCAAGGCAUUCCAGGAGGUGUUGUACAGGGAACCAGGGUUUAGCCAGGCUAACGAGGUCCACAUUAGGCUUGGAUUGAUGUCCAAAGUCGCCGCCAACUAUGACGCAAGCUUGAAGCACUUUCACCAGGCCCUGAGAGACUCCAACCCCUGUUCACUUUCCAAAGCACAAAUUCGUCUUCAAAUUGCUCACAUCCUCGAAGCCCAGGCAAAAUAUAAACAAGCUAAAGAAUCUUAUGAACAGUUUGCAGACCUUGAUAGUUCUGAGGAUUCUGUUAAAGCCACAGCUCUGAAACAAUUAGGUUGGCUCUUCCAUACUGUUGACCAGCUAGGGGACAAGAAUACUCGUGAAGGACUUGCUAUCCACUAUCUAAAGGAAUCAUUGGACGCCGACGCUACCAACGGCCAGACUUGGUAUCUCCUUGGAAGGUGUUUCUCAAGCCUAGCCAAAGUCCACGAUGCCUUUGUGUCCUACAGAAACUCUAUCGACAAGUCGGAGGCCAGUGCUGACACCUGGUGCUCAAUAGGAGUACUUUAUCAGCAGCAGAACCAGCCUAUGGAUGCCCUGCAGGCCUACAUAUGUGCUGUGCAGUUAGACAAGUCCCACACUGCGGCAUGGACUGACCUCGGGAUCCUGUACGAGUCCUGUAACCAGCCCAUAGACGCGCUCACAUGCUACCUUAAUGCUACUAGAAACAAAGAAAACUUCAACUCUAAUUUGGCAACAAAAAUAAAAUUUCUUCAGCAGAACCUUGAUAGUGUUAGAGUGCAGUUACUUCAGAAUAAGCCUAGAACUCUACCUAGCAUAGAAGAAGCUUGGGCUCUGCCCAUUCCAGCAGAACUCACGUCUCGCCAAGGGGCCACUGUGACCCCACAGCAACAGCUGGGAAAGGCACAGAUGAUGCACUCCCAACCCUUGGGGCCACAAUCUGGAAUGGCCCCUAACUCUGUGUCUCCUGGACAACAAGGGUCAUUUGCCGGGACAACAGGAGGCACAGAUGAAGGGUCUGUCAAAAAGAAAAAAGGACCAUCACGCAAAAGGCCUGCCACAGACCCGCUGGACCCCCCUACUCCACCUCCUAUCCAGUAUCUAACCCCCCAACAGAUGCAGAUGCUUCACAGGUUGCAGCAGAACCAGUCAUCCUUGGAUCACCAACAGAGGCAGCUCCUCCAAAACCUGCAACAUCAAUACUUCCUUCAGCAGCAGCACCAGUCUAAGAUGCAGCAGGCACAGCAGCACUCCCCAGGAGGUCCUGGUGGCCCGGGGGGCCCUAUGCCUAUGUUUGGGCCUAGGUCUUCCCCAGGGGCCCGUCCCCUUCAUCCAUUCCAUGCCUUCCCUGGGGCCAUGACGACUCCCUCACCUGUAGGGUUGCAAAGCCCUAUGAGCGGGAUGGGUUUACAGCAUGGGAUGCCUCCUGGCCAAGGAGUGAUUAAAAGUGAACAUGGAAACUCGGAGCUAGGGAAUGAGGCAGCUAAAAUGCCACCCCCACUUCCCCCUGGCUAUGACAGGAUGGGACACGGACAAGGGGGACCUCAUGGACAUGGUCUGGAUAUGCUCAAUGGGAUGCCACAUCGCAGCCCCCAUCCAGCCAUUUCAGGAAGUCUACCUCAGACGCAGCAGCAAGGCAACAUUCCAGGCAAUAUAGCACCAAUGCCACCAUCGUCUCAGGGAACUGUGCCUCCCCACUCCAGCCUGUCACCGCUAAUGGUCAACGCCCCACACACAGCUGGUUUCCAAGGCAGCAACAACAGCCAGCGACCAAUGGGUUCAAACAACAUGUCAUCAUCACCAUUGUCAUUGUCAUCAUCAGAUCAGGGACUGCCAAAAGACCUUCAGAGUUUUGUCACUGAUCAUUGGAACAAGAGUGACAUGGCUUUAUUAUCGUCCCGUGCCGACGAUCCUACCUCAAUCGCGGAGGGCUUGCUAGCGCAGUUUUCCUGUGGCCCAACAUCAGACAAUAAAAAACCUGCAGAGCAGGUCACACUGCACACUACAAGUGGCGAUCCUAGUCACUUACCCACUCACACAACACCACAAUCAAGAGACAUUAGUUUAGGUAGUGAUGUGUCCAGUGUACAUUCCUCUGUGUCUCAGGAUAGCGCCAAACAGGAGGAGGAGAUCACUCCAGGCUCCUUUUCCCAGCGGGAAUACAGUGUCAAGUGUGAUAUAGACUCCAAACGAACGGGAAUUACAAUUCAGUCCCGUGUCAUCCCAUCUACUUGUAAUCUCAACAUCUCCAUGAGUGGGAGAGAAAUACUCAAAGCCUGCAAGGGUCAUGGAAAGAAUGGUAUCACGACAAAUUUACUGGGAGAUCGGUGUCCACCUCGCCCUCCCUCACCACCAUACCCCCCACUCCCUAAGGAGGCGCUCAACCCCCCUACUCCCAGUGUUUAUCUUGAGACCAAAAAAGAUGCUUUUUCUUUAGAACUCCAACAGUACUGUUACUCACAGCCAGUUGUUGUGAUUCGUGGACUUGCAGGUGCUCUCAAGUUAGACCUUGGUCUAUUUUCUACAAAAAGUUUGGUGGAGGCUAAUGCUGAUCAUCCUGUUGAAGUCAGAACUCAGAAAAUGCAAGCACCAGAUGAAAACUGUGAUAUCUACGGGAACCGUAUGUGGCGCUGUGACAGUAGUCGAGGCCACACCACCGUCGCCAAAUAUGCUCAGUACCAGGCGGCAUCCUUCCAAGAGUCUCUCAGAGAGGAAAAUGAAAAAGUCAAAGGUACACAUAUCCAAAAGGACUCAGAUAGUGAUUCUAACUCCUCUUCAGGACCAAAACAAAAGAAGAGGAAAAUGAUAAAAUUUGGUACAAAUGUUGAUCUUUCGGAUGAGAAAAAAUGGAAACCCCAAUUGAUGGAGCUGACAAAGUUACCCGCAUUUGCUCGCGUUAUCUCCGCCUCGAACAUGAUGAGUCACGUCGGCCACACGAUACUUGGCAUGAACACAGUGCAGCUCUAUAUGAAGGUUCCAGGGUCACGCACACCAGGCCACCAAGAGAACAAUAACUACUGUUCUAUCAAUGUAAACAUCGGGCCUGGGGACUGUGAAUGGUUCGGGGUACCAGAGCCAUACUGGGGCAUGAUCCACAACAUGUGUCAGAAGAACAGCGUGGACUACCUGACAGGGUCCUGGUGGCCAAUGUUAGAGGAUCUGUAUGAGGAGGACAUCCCUGUCUAUAGGUUCAUACAGAAACCUGGCGACCUGGUCUGGGUCAGUGCUGGCACCGUCCACUGGGUACAAGCUGUGGGUUGGUGUAACAACAUUGCAUGGAAUGUGGGUCCAGUUAAUGCUAGACAAUACAAGCUCGCCUUGGAGAGGUACGAGUGGAACAAACUCCAAAACUACAAAUCCAUUGUACCCAUGGUGCACCUCACCUGGAACAUCGCACGCAACCUCCACAUCUCCGAACCAAAGUUUUUUGAGCUUGUCAAGUCGUGUUUACUGAGGUCGUUACAACAGAUCCGCUUCACCCUGGACUUUGUAGAAAACCUUGGUGUUGAGGUGAAGUGGCACGGCCGCUCCGAGACCGAGGCAGCUCACUACUGUAAUGAAUGCGAGGUGGAAGUGUUUAAUAUCCUGUUUGUGACUGAACAAGAUAAGAAGUUUGUGGUCCACUGUCAGGAUUGUGCACGGAGGAUCAGCCCCGUGCUGGACGGAUUUGUCGUUUUAAAUCAGUACAAACUUGAUGAACUGUGUGAUGUCUACGAUAAGUUUCAGCAUCAUACAAAUGUUGCAGCACUGUCAAGUUGAAAGUGAGACUUGAUGUGAAUGUGUGUAGCUGUAGGUGUCCUGGUAAGUGAAGCCCAAAGACAGAGAGGAGGAAGGGAGAAGAAAUACCAAAGACAGAAAGAAGGAGGGAAGAGAACAUGUGUGACCUUUACAAGCAAUCAAAAGGACACGAAGAACAGGAGGCCCUGACUUGAAGAAAGAAAGACAAUGUGAAAGACAAAAAGAUUUUACCUUUUAGAGCAAACAGCGAGACAGGAAGAUCAAACAAAAGGAAAGACAAAAAGAAAGACAUCAGCAAAGUUACAGACAACACAGCCUGUUUUCUCAGGAUAAACUUUUGUAAACGUAUUAUUUUAGUUGAAAAAAUCUUUCUGCUUAAUUUUUUUUUAGGAGAAGUUGAAUCUGAAACAAAAUUUAUUUAAAAUGUACGACCUUCAAUACAUGUUUAAGACCUUUUCAACAAAUGAAGAUACAGUUACUGCCUUAGGGAUAAUUAUACUGACCACCAGUACUGUAAAAUGAAAAGGUAAUGUUAGAAACGGUGAAAAUCUUUUAUGAUGUUCUGAUGAUAAAACGAGAGGGGUAUUGCUUAGAUGGAUGUUCUGAUGAUAAAAUGAGAGGGGUAUUGCUUAGAUGGAUGUUCUGAUGAUAAAAUGAGAGGGAUAUUGCUUACAUGUAUGUUCUGAUGAGAAAAAGAGGAGAAUAUGGAUGACUGUAGUAAAUGUAUAAAGUAACUGAUGUGUGACUGAAAAUAUAUUGAUAUAACAAAAGCUUCAUCACAAACCCCUUUUGUAUUCAUGGCAACAACGAUGUGUUCUACCACAAAAAUUCCAUCCAUUGAUAUUUAUUGUAUCAAAUUGCUCAAUAUUUCUUUGUUAAUUCACUUUUAUCAUUAACAAACCAUGAAAAUCCUAUCUGAACUGCGGCUGAUAGUUAAGGAACAGUUUUGUAAGACCCAUUGGUCUAGUAAGUGGUAGGAAUUAGUAACUAAUACCUGGGAGGAAAUGACAACAGCCAGUUGAUAUUUCUGGGGAGGAAAUGACAACAGCCAGUGAAUGUGUGGCAGUUAUAGAUUGAUUGAGGAUGAACAAGUAGAAAAUGGCGGUAAAAUAUAAGAAGAACUGGUAGAGGUUAGGAUGAAUACAUCUGGGGUUUGUGAUGUAAAUACUGAGACAGGGGUCCGAGCUGUUAUAAAUGGUUGACAUAUUUAUUGACGAGAUGAACAAAAUAUGUUUUAUAAAAAAUACAACACGAAGAGGUCCAAAGUGUUUGAAGAAAAGUCCAUUUAUAUUGUCUUGAAGGAAGAAGUGAAAAUCUUAUGCUUUCCUUUCCAAAGGUUAACUGUAUGAUAUAGGUGAUGGAAAUUUCUUUCAUUUGCUUAUAGGACUGAUAAACCUCUGUCCUACAUGUGCUUAUAGGACUGACAAACCUCUGUCCU